CUAGUAUAUAUGAUAAGAAAACUCUUCUUACAUUUGAUGAGUCUGGCAAAUUCUACGGAAGUCAACUAUAUUCACCUUACAAAGAUCAGAAUAUAAAUUCAACAUACUUAUGUGAUAAAUAUGCUCUUGAUGCUACUUUUAAUUCAAAUUUAAUUUCUCUUAAGAGAGCGAAGAAG